UCCCAGGCCCUGGGGGUAGCUCUGACACAGCCGCUAGAGCUUUAAAACAGACCCACCCUGGGUUUAACAGCAGUACUUCUCCCACAGUUUGCAAGCAGAGGUGUAGAAGAAAGCCGCAACAGCAGCGCUUACCGCCGCCACUACAGCAAAUACCGUUCCUGGGGGAGGAAGACGAAGACGACUUCAGAAGGAAGACACGGGGGCAGAACUGAGUCACUCCCAGCUACUGGGUUCCCGGUGAUACUUGACCUAGAAAUAGGAUAUUUACCUGUGCGGAGAGAGCAGGUGGACUGGCUGUGUAUACCACAACUCUUCUGCCUUAGAGCAUUUCUGCAUUAGGAGAGAAGAGUCGGUUUCAUUUAGGGGAUUUUGCUACAGUUUUAAAGUUGUGUGCCAUGAUGGCUACUCUCUCUGAAGCAACCAACACCUUUACCUUGGAUGUUUUUAAAAAAAUCAGUGAAGAAGAUACCUCACGGAAUGUGUUUUAUUCUCCCCUGAGUCUCUACUGUGCCCUGGCUAUGGUUUUAGAUGGGGCCAAAGGAAAUACUGCUGCACAGAUACAACAGGUUCUUUCUUUAAACAAAGGUACAGAUGUCCACCAAAGUUUCCAGUCUUUUCUUGCAGAAGCUAAUAAAUCUGGUAGUCAAUGCCUGCUGAGAAUUGCCAACCGGCUCUUUGGAGAAAAGACUCAUGAUUUUGUCUCAUCUUUUAAGGAAUCCUGUCAGAGAUUCUACCAUUCAGAUAUGGAAGAACUUGACUUUGCAAAUGCUCCUGAGGAAGCAAGAAAGCAUAUAAAUAAGUGGGUAGAAGAAAAGACAGAAGGUAAGAUUACAGAACUGCUAGCUAAUGAUUCCAUCGAUUCACUGACCUCUCUGGUACUCGUGAAUGCCAUCUAUUUCAAAGGAAAAUGGGAGAAACAAUUUGAUGAAGGCAAGACAACAGAAAAGAUGUUCAAAAUCAGCAAAGAGAAGAAGAAACCAGUACAAAUGAUGUUUCAGAAAUCCACAUUUAGCAUGACCUACAUAGGAGAAAUGUUUACCAAGAUCCUAGUUCUUCCUUAUGUUGGAGGACAAAUGGACAUGGUCAUUUUGCUUCCAGAUGAGAAAACAGAUCUAAAAACGUUGGGAAAAGGACUUACUUCUGAGAAAUUAGCAGAUUGGUUAAAUCCAGAGAUGAUGGAUGAAAUGGAGGUGGAAGUUUUCCUUCCCAGAUUUAAAUUGGAGGAGGACUUAGACAUGGAAUUCAUUCUUCGAAAAUUGGGGAUGUCAGAUGCCUUUAAUCAAUCUGUGGCUGACUUUUCUGGGAUGUCAGCCAGGAAUAACCUCUGUCUAUCCAAGGUUAUACACAAAGCUUUUGUGGAAGUUAGUGAAGAAGGCACAGAAGCAGCUUCUGCCACUGCAGCAAUCAUGAUGUUGCGAUGUGCAAGAUUUACUCCACAAUUCAUAGUUGACCGUCCUUUCCUUUUUCUCAUUCGAGAUAACAGCUCAAAAAACAUUUUGUUUUUGGGCAAAGUGAUCUCUCCAUAAAGAGAUCGUUUAUUUGUGAUGGAGUCCAUAUCUUCAUGCUGUUUACAUCUGUUUUACCCAGACUCAGAUGUACCUAUAAUCCAAAGGGUCCUUAUCAACAUGGUGAUAAUAAUCCAAAAAUAAAAUUCUUGGUUGGGAAAUUCUCUACCUGG